GGCAGCAUUCUAUGAACCUAAUAAUAAUCAACCAUAGCAGAAGUAUGUACGUAGCAGAAGAAGAAGAACAAGAUCAUGUCGACCACAAGCUUCCUUGAUUUCCAAUACAGCCUCUCAAAGAGGAAGUACCUGAGGAAGCCAUCUCGGAUGUUCUCCAUGAAAGACCGAGUCAACUCGGGGUUGCAGAAGCCCUUGUUCCAGCCGAACGCGGAGGAGAUGAAGAAAGUGUUCGACAAGUUUGACAGCAACAAGGACGGGAAGAUCUCUCAGGAUGAGUACAAAGCCACGCUGAGAGCACUGGGGAUGGGGAAUAUGAUCCACGAAGUGCCGUCGAUCUUCGGGGUGGCGGAUCUGGACGGUGACGGAUUCAUAAACUUCAGGGAGUUCAUGGAGGCGCAGAAGAAAGGAGGAGGGAUAAGGACGAUGGAUAUACAGAGCGCAUUUAGGACGUUUGACAGGAAUGGAGAUGGGAAGAUAAGUGCGCAGGAGAUUCAUGAAAUGUUAAGGAGGCUGGGAGAGAGUUGCAGUCUGGAAGAUUGCAGGAAAAUGGUGAGAGCGGUGGAUAGAGAUGGAGAUGGCAUGGUUGAUAUGGACGAGUUCACUGCUAUGAUGACUCAGUCUCUCAGAACUGCCUGAUUCCCGAUCAAGAGAAGGAAUCUGAAAAAGGAAAAGUUAGAACUCUGUGCAUGUGGGCUGGAUUAUAAUACUGAUAUCAAUAUGAUUGGCCCAGACAACGUAAACUGAAUCCA